AUGAGAAGUUCAAUGGAACUUAUUCAAGAGGAAGAUGCUCAUGCUACUGGUACUACUGCAGAAGCAGUGGUUGCUGCAGACGCAUGGUAUCACUUAGACUUCCUUUGCAAAAACUAUAUCCUCAAUGGAUUUGACAAUGCUUUGUACAAUGUAUACUGUCCAAUCAAAACUGCCAAGGCCCUAUGUGAAUCACUUGACAAGAAAUACAAGACUGAAGAUGUUGGCAUGAAAAAAUUCAUGAAUUAUCUCAAGCAUAAGCACAAAGAAAUAGGACUUGAAGAUCUUAUCGUGAGGCUAAGGAUUGAGGAAGACAAUCAUGGUUCUGAAAAGAAAACCGGUGGUAACUCCAUGGUGGCUGAAGCACAUGUAGUGGAGGAUGCGCCAAAUAACAAGAAAAAGAGGAAACAUUCAGGGAAAGGUUCUCACCAAAGGAACUCAAAGAAGAACAAAGGGUUCAAGGGAAAAUGCUUUAACUGCAACAAGCAUGGUCAUAGAGCUGCGAACUAUCAAAGCAAAGGAAAAACUACAGAAGUUCAUAUGACCGACGAGGAGAAAUUGUCCAAUGAGAUAUCUGACAUUAACCACUUGGUCUUAAUCUCUGAAGUGAACCUAGUAAGCAAUACCAAAGAAUGGUGGGUGGACAUUGGAGCUACACGCCACAUCUGCUCUGAUAGGAAGAUGUUUACUACCUAUCAACUACUGAACCAAGGGAAGCAAUUGUUCAUGGGAAACUCAUCAGCUUCCAAGGUUGAAAGACAAGGAAAUGUGGUUAUGAAGAUGACUUAUGGCAGGGAACUCACCCUAAACCAAGUGCUUCAUGUGCCUGACAUUCGGAAGUAUUUGGUUUCUAGAGCAUUGUUAAGCAAGAAUGGUUUUAGAUUGAUCACUGCAUUCUUUAAAAAAUACGGCAUCAAGCAGCAUCCGUAUACCCCGAGAUAUCCUCAAGGCAACAGCCAGGCCGAGGCAUCCAACAAAAUAAUAUUGGAUUGUCUAAAGAAGAGAUUAGAAGGCGUCAAAGAGAAAUGGGUAGAUGAACUCCUUGGAGUGCUAUGGGCUUAUCGCACCACCAAGCGGAGAUCAACUGGCGAAACCCCAUUUUCCCUCGCCUAUGAAACUGAAGCAAUCAUUCCUCCUCACGUCACUGUCCCUUCCAUAGGCAUUGAAGUGAGCAAUAUUAAGCAGAACUCCGAGCAGAUGAGGCUCAACCUUGACUUAUUUGAAGGCAAGCGCGAGAAGGCAAUUGUCUGA